UUGUCUUAAUUACCAACUAAUAUUGAAACUGGAUCUACAGAUGUGUCUGACUUCAGCCUCACAAAGUUUAGUGGACAAAGCAUUGAACUUCAAAGGAGAGGGUCUAUGUUCUAGUCCCUGUUUGCCACUAACUAGUUAGUGAUCACUUACUACCUAGUGAUAUGGCUUGGAAUUAUCAUCUCAGCUCUCUGGGUCUCCUUCCGCUGCCAUAACAUGAGGCAUUUGGUCUAGAAGAUCUGUGAUCUGAGUUCACAUUUUUAAACUCCUUAGUUACAUAUGAAGAGUACUCAUGAGAGUGACUUUUAAGAGUUAUGAGGCCUGGAAACUCUCAUUUAAUAAAUACCUACCAAACGUACAUGUUUUCCCAAUAUUAUCUCAUUUGCCCUGUCAAACUCUGUGUGGUAUUUUACAGUUGAAGAGACUGAGAUUUAGUAAAUCAGGUUAAGUAAUUUACCUACCGACACAGUAUGAGACAACAUGGAGGGUCAGAACAGAUUCAUCUGGCUUCAUAGCCUGGAUUUUUCUAGUUACCGUGUCGAACCCCUACCCCUUCCAGAUAUAAAACAGAGGGAGGAAGUGGCAUAUAUCAAAUACCUGUUGUGUGCCAGAAAUGACACAGUAUCUCAUUUAGUACCUGAAAUAACUUCGUAACGUAUUACUAUUUACUCCAGUUUUACAGAUGACUAAACUAAGGCAUGAAAGAUUAAAUCACUUACCAAGCAAUGCUUAGAUAGUGAGUAAAAGAGCUAAGACUUGAUCCCAGAUCUAUGUCUAAAAUGUGCUCCAGAAACCGAAAGAAAUGCGUUUUAUUUUCAUUUUAUUACCUGUUUUCUUCUGUAGCAAAUGUAUGUGUUCCUUUGACUUGUUAUUUGUGCCUACACUUGAGAAUACACGUACAUGAAAUGUGACCCAUCUUAGACAAGCGACAGAAUGAUUGAUAUGUCCCCAAUUGGAUUCAAGACUGCACAAAAGUUAAAUCAGUAUUCACCACUAAUAGAAUGUAAAUACUAGCAAAGCCCUGAUUUUCUCCUUAUAAAACUAUCUCUUGAAAUUAAUUUAACUUCGGCCAUUGCCACGGUUAUACAGAAAGUGAGAAGUCUGUAGGUAUUUGGCCUCUGUCUGACGUGGAUUUAGAAAUAAAGUCCUGUAGCUUGAAAUUAUUGCAAGACCCGGUUAAUACAGUCGAUUGUGGUAUGUGCUCACUCACAAGCUGUUUGUAGUUAAUAAAAAAAAAAAAAAGACUCCCUUUUCUUUCCCCCCAAUAUUGUUAUUUUUAAAUGUCAAGAAUCAGAUGUCUGCUGUUUAGAAUCUUGUACCGCUGCCAGUGACUGUAUCAGGGUUUGGAGCAGGGACAUGGAUUUGAAGACAUUAAAACUGUUUAAUUCUCAGUUGAGAUGUGGUUGGCUUUUAUACAUUUGGAAUAGAGCAUUUAUGGCACAUCUCCGGGUAAGUGCUAAUAGUUAAGUAAAUAAAAUAAGAAUGGGCUCAAAGGAAUAAAAGGAGUUUUUGUGGUUGUUUUGUUUUGCUUUAGAAAAGCAGGAUUCUUGGUUCUGUAUAUGCUUCUUUAUGUGAACGUUAAGUGUUGAGUGACUAGCAUAUAAAGCCAUUCAGAAGAGCAAGAUUUUAGAUUUCCAACUGUUAACCUGAAAAAAAAAAAAAAUCCCUUCAAUCAUGUAUUUUGCAUUCAUCCAGCAGCAGAAACAGGAAAAGGGAAACAAAACGCUCUCCCCGGUAGAAGUAGAGACACACAGAGAGAGAGGGAGAGAGAGAGCAAGACAGAGACGGAGAAAGAAAGCCACUCUCAGAGAUGAAAUUUUAGGAGAGAGAAAUGAUCGACCUUUUUAAGGCUGAGUGGGUUUCUUCAGUUUGUGUGCAAGUUUCAAGAAAUGGAAGGACUGACCAGGUUUGGGUUCCACAGGAUGAAUGGACAGGGUACACCCCUAGAGGUAAAGACGACGAAAUUCCGUGCCGAAGAAUGCGGAGCGGCAGCUACAUCAAGGCCAUGGGAGAUGAAGACAGUGGUGACUCUGACACAAGUCCCAAGCCUUCUCCCAAAGUUGCUGCGCGAAGAGAAAGCUAUCUCAAGGCUACUCAGCCAUCCCUUACAGAACUCACCACACUCAAGAUUUCCAAUGAACACUCCCCCAAACUCCAGAUCCGGAGUCACAGUUACCUGAGAGCAGUAAGUGAAGUCUCCAUCAAUCGAAGCCUGGACAGCCUUGACCCUGCCGGCCUGCUCACAUCACCAAAGUUCCGCUCUAGGAACGAGAGCUACAUGCGAGCCAUGAGCACCAUCAGCCAGGUGAGCGAGAUGGAAGUGAACGGGCAGUUCGAGUCCGUGUGUGAAUCCGUGUUCAGCGAGCUGGAGUCGCAGGCGGUGGAAGCCCUGGACCUGCCCAUGCCCGGCUGCUUCCGCAUGCGGAGCCACAGCUACGUGCGGGCCAUUGAGAAGGGCUGCUCCCAGGACGACGAGUGCGUGUCCCUGCGGUCCUCCUCCCCACCGCGCACCACCACCACCGUGAGGACCAUUCAGAGCAGCACCGUGUCAUCUUGCAUUACAACAUAUAAGAAGACACCACCUCCAGUCCCACCCAGAACUACCACGAAACCUUUCAUUUCUAUCACAGCCCAGAGUAGCACAGAGUCUGCCCAGGAUGCCUACAUGGAUGGACAGGGCCAGCGAGGAGAUAUUAUCAGCCAGUCUGGACUGAGCAACUCCACGGAGAGCCUGGACAGUAUGAAGGCUCUGACAGCCGCCAUCGAAGCUGCAAAUGCCCAGAUCCACGGCCCUGCAAGUCAACACAUGAGCAACAACCCUGCCACUGUCACUACCACGACCACCAUAGCCACUGUCACCACAGAGGACAGGAAGAAGGAUCACUUUAAGAAAAAUCGAUGCCUUUCCAUUGGGAUACAGGUGGAUGAUGCUGAAGAGCCUGACAAAACAGGGGAGAAUAAAGCACCCAGUAAGUUCCAGUCCGUAGGAGUGCAAGUAGAAGAAGAGAAGUGCUUCCGCAGGUUCACUCGAUCCAACAGCGUGACGACAGCCGUACAGGCCGACCUGGACUUCCACGAUAAUCUGGAAAACUCUCUGGAGUCUAUAGAGGACAAUUCGUGCCCCGGCCCAAUGGCCAGACAGUUCUCCCGGGACGCGAGCACCUCCACCGUCAGCAUCCAGGGCUCAGGAAACCACUACCACGCCUGCGCAGCCGACGACGACUUCGAUGCGGAUUUUGACCCUUCGAUUCUGCCUCCCCCGGAUCCCUGGAUUGACUCCAUCACCGAAGACCCCCUGGAGGCCGUCCAAAGGUCGGUGUGCCACCGGGACGGCCACUGGUUUCUGAAGCUCCUCCAAGCAGAGCGGGACCGCAUGGAAGGGUGGUGCCAGCAGAUGGAGCGAGAAGAGCGGGAAAACAACCUGCCGGAAGACAUUCUAGGGAAAAUCCGAACUGCAGUGGGCAGUGCCCAACUUCUCAUGGCCCAGAAAUUCUACCAGUUCAGAGAACUGUGUGAAGAAAACCUGAAUCCCAAUGCUCAUCCAAGGCCCACUUCCCAGGAUCUGGCGGGGUUCUGGGACAUGCUGCAGUUGUCCAUAGAAAAUAUUAGUAUGAAAUUUGAUGAACUUCAUCAGUUAAAGGCCAAUAAUUGGAAACAGAUGGAUCCUCUUGACAAGAAGGAGAGAAGGGCCCCUCCUCCAGUGCCAAAGAAGCCGGCGAAGGGCCCCGCGCCGCUGAUCCGGGAGCGCUCGCUGGAGAGCUCGCAGCGCCAGGAGGCCCGCAAGCGCCUGAUGGCCGCCAAGCGCGCCGCGUCCGUCCGCCAGAACUCGGCCACCGAGAGCGCCGAGAGCAUCGAGAUCUACAUCCCCGAGGCGCAGACCCGGCUCUGAGCGCCCCGCGCGCCCCGCCGCGCCGCCUCCGCGCUCCGUCCUCCCUCCGCCCCCUCCCCGCCCUCCGAGCCCGUCCGUCCCGGAGCUCAGUGACUUCCACUGUCGCGGUGUAGUUGUCGGUCUUGCAGGAGCCGCCCCCCUCCCCCCAGUAGCCCCAGCCGCCCGGACCGGUUUGCCCACGUUCUCCACCGAGCUUCGCCACCCGUACGGACGCGUCACCCACCUGCCUCAUCCGGAGAGCCGGCCUUUCUUUUCUCGGCAGAACCAAACCCACCUGUGUAGAAAUGGCCCCUUUAGGUCGCCCACCAUCCUCAGUUCUCCCAAGCUAGUCUGUCCCUAGAGCUCAGCAAUAUAAAACCAUAGGGUAUUUCAGAAAUCCAGUAGCACAGGGUGAGCCUUUGGGACUUAACCGUCUUCCACGUGAAGGAAACUAGGGCUCCGAUUCCCUUUAUUUCCCCUAAACGGUUAUUAUUUUGUCAAGCAGAUGGAGCACUUUAUUUCCAACCUCAGAAAUCACGCCAUCUCACCGGAAUCGAUGAGUGACAAUCCUAGAGGGGACGAAGUGGGGCUGGAUAUGUAGUGGGGAAGGGAGGAGCAAACUCUGCAGGUGCUGGGGCUUACCUGCUUCACUCACAGCUGCACAAACUGCCUCACUGUUACUCCAUCCAUCACUGCUUCAAAUGUUUCCAUCAGCAGAAGAUUGUAAAUUCGAUCUUUCAGGGAAAUUAAUCUAUUCUGAAAGGCAAUAAAAGGAAGAAAGGCAAGGAAGCACUGCUAGUUUAAGAUAUACUACGUAAGGGAUUUUUUUUUUUUGUCCUAUUAUUAAGAAAAUUUAGACCUGAAAUGUUUUAUCAACUUUUACUGUACUAUGUGUAUUAUAUUGUUGUGAUGGUGGGGGGUCUUUAAAGGGGAAAGCGUUGGUCCUCUUAACGUGUUAGUGUCCAUCCUGGGGGGCCUACCUACUACGCCUAUAAGUACACACCUGGUCAAGAAGUGCUGUAAGUGGCAGCGAGGGUGUUUUCGGAGAGAAGUUUGGAUUUUCCUGUCAUCCCUUUGAAUGCUACACAUCCAUCUGUUGUAACCCGGUAGUUUGUAAUGCAGACAUAUUUUCGCCUUUGGUCUUCUCUCCCUCCUACCCAGAGUCCUACCAGUCCCCAGCAUAAGGGUUUCGUCCUAUGUCAAACCGAUAAAAUAAAUUCUCUACCCAAGUAGACACGCGGCCUCGUUCCAAAGAGCUGCCCCUCAUCUUGAGGUCCCAGGUGGUGAGAGAAGAAAUUUGACCUCAGCAGUUCAGCAGUCACGAGGAAGGGGGGAAAGUCAUGAUUCAUAAGCACUGAAAGAAACCCAGGCUUUUGGCAGAGAAUGUGAAUUUACACUUUUAGUCCUGACGGAUGGGCAGUGUGCGCUAAGCAUCUAGCUGAAGUUAUCUUUAAACGCCCUUACUCGUAGCAGUUUAAACAUUUAGGAUGUGGUGAUCUUAAAGUAUCACUGACAUUUUAUGUCCAGCUCCCACUCUAAAGCAUUAGAAAUUACCCUUGAAAAAUGACAGACUAAAAACACACAUCAAAUAAGCUUGCACCAGAACUUUUUUAAAAAAAUAUACUCUCGUAGCCAGGUGCUAAUUUAUUUAUGAAAUUAAGAGAAGUGAUGGGUUCUGGCAACAACUAUUUUCAUGGUCACAUUCUAAAACCACUAGGGAAUUCGCUACCUCUCAGAGCCACUGAUGCUUUGAGCUAUCUUUAUAAACAGGGCACAAAUGUUUACUGCUGUGGUUUACAAGAAAAGGGCUACUAACCUAUUUAAAAACCAACCAACCAACUUUUAACUAGGGUGGACAAAGCACCUUGAGUGCUUUGCAAAAUUGGAGCUGACAGAGAUUUUGAACUUCAAGGGUUCGCUUGUUUUAAAAAGAAUACACCUUUUCUUCAGUUUGUAGCAGCAACGGAAGGUCACACAAAGUUUGCAGCCAGUAAGGCCAUCUGCCACCUUGGGUAGCCUAUAGUCCCAUUCAAUCCUGAAAAUGACUUGGAACUCAUAGAUUGACGUGAAGGAAGCGACAUCCAUCGGAAGACCCAUGUUCCCAACUACAGCUCCGUGCCCUGAGGUAGAGAGAAGAUUGGGAUUAAGAAAUCGAUUUCUAAUAUGACUCAAGAUCAUCCUACAGUAUUUUAUUUGGAAACCGGUUUAGCCCAGGAUAUUUUAAAGAGAGACAAGAGAAGGCCUAUUUAUCUUGUCUAUGUGAAUGGUAUUUGUAUAUUCAUAAGCUAUUUUUGGUAAGGAUUUUAAAUCUUUUAGCUGAAUGCCUACAGGCAUCAUGACCCUUGCCUUCCUUAAAACAAAUUGUACAAACACUUUAUAAAAAGCUAAUUAUUGAUCUUAAAACACGACCCCACAUAAAGCUGCUUGUUAACCAUUUGCCCCCUUAAGCUGACAUCCAUGAGCAUAACCUUUGUCACAUUGUUCUUUUUGAUGUAAUUUGUAGAUAUGUUUUUUAGUUCAUAAUGGAAAAUGUAUGUACCCUGAAAAAUUACUUAUUUUGUUUAACUUUGGUAUAAAGCUGUUUGGGCAUUUUCUUGGGGGGGGGGGGAACUACAAAAGAAGUUUGUCUCCCACAUCAAAAAACGUUCAAAGAAAUUAAGUAUUUAUUAUAUUUUUUGCAGAUGUUUCCAUACAAUUCACAUAACCUUUUUGUAAAGAGAGAUGAAGAAAUGGAUUAAAGAUUUUUAAUAUUUGAAAUGGUAAAUAGAACUAAUUUAUUUGUAAUAUAUUUCUGUUAUUUAUAGAUGUUUCCUUAAUGUUUUACUGUGCAUUACCACUUUAAUUUAAGCCUUAUCCUUGUGAAUUUACCAUUUCUUUUUUAAAACAUGUCUAGAUGCAUAUUUUAAAUAACUGGAAUGUAAAUCACUAGCAUAUCUGAAUUCCCAAUGUAAUUUUUAAAAAUUAUUUUGGUUUGGAAAAAAAAGAUUCAUUUGAAAGCCUUCAGAUGGAGGGGUCGGGAACAUUUUUAUGGCUUUAUGAAGUGGAAUUUCAUAGGCUUAUUUACCUAGAUUGUGUGUGGACAAAAAAAAAAAAACAAAAAACUGUAAAUAGAUGAAUGUUUCCCAUAAUGUAAAAAGAAGAAAUUAAUAAAAUAAUUAAUG